AUGGAUCGUAAUAAUUCAAAUGACGGGAAUAAUAUGAAUUUUCCAAAUAAUCCAAACUUUCAAUAUAAUCAAAAUAAUCCUCCUUUAGAUCCAAGUUUAUUGAGUAAUCCUCAGUUUCAAGCUGCUUUACAAUGGUAUAGUAGUCAAUCAAGACCAAUAAAUGUCAAUAAUAUUCCACAAUGUCAACCUUCUUUCCCAUUUCCUCAAAGUAGCUCGUCAUCUCAACAGCCUCUUGGUGAUAUGUCGGGUUUUCCCAUUUCUGAACAUUUCACUCAGAACAUAGAUCAAUCACUGGGAGGUUUUGGUGGUAGCAAUGCAACUCCAAUAGAGGGGAGUGGUGAUGAACAUGUGGAACAACUAGUGGGGGCGCAACAUCUAGAAGACAUUGACGAUGUUGAUGUCGAAAUUGUUCCCGAACAAAAUGUCAAUGCCACCGGGCAAAGGAAAAACCAAUCAUGGAGCAUAGCUGAAGACAAAGCACUUGUAUCGGCCUACAUAAAUGCAGGAGGUGACGUAGUGAUAGGAACCAAGACAAAGAAAAGUGGGUUAUGGGUUGAAAUAUAUAACCAUUACGAAAGUUCUAGAAUAGAAAACCCCGAUGAAAUAAAAGUAAGGAACAUUAAAUCUAUGCAAAAUCGAUGGGAUUUUAUCAAUUUACAUUGUGGUAAAUUGGUAGAUGCAUAUAGGUAUCAUUAUCAAACCAAGGGUAGUGGUGAGUUCGAGCAAAAUUUGGAGAAAUUUGCUCACAAAGAUUAUUACGCAACUAACAACAAGAUGUUUUGUUUCUUGCAUUGUUUUGAAACUUUGAGAAAAUAUCCGAAAUGGGAUCCUUCAUUGACCAAAGAUCAAUCGAAUAUGUUACCUGGUGGCCUACUUUCGGUAGCGGUAAAAGAUCACAACCUGAUUCACCAUCCGAGGUUGGAGGAAGAGCUAAAUGACCUGGUGGCAUAA